AUGGCGCCCCACCUCCUCUGUCUCUCCAAUCUAGAUAGGAAGUGUCCAUUACUCAUGUACUUGGUCUUUUUCUACAAAAAAUCUCAUCCCCACCAAAAUCCCUCACUUGGGUCUCUUUCCAAUAGCUUGAAAUUGGGUUUGGAGAGGAUAUUGUCAGUUUGGUUCCCAGCAGCAGGCAGACUAGCCAUUAAUCCAACAAAUCAGAAGCUUGAUCUUGUGUGUAACAACGCUGGUGCAAUUCUAGUUGAGGCAGUUACUCAGGUGAAGAUAUCAGAGCUUGGGGAUCUCUCUCAGUAUAACAGCUUUUUUGAAAACCUUGUUUUCAAGCCUGUUUUCAAUGAGAACUUCUCUGUGAUGCCUCUGGUUGUUGCUCAGGUGACUACAUUUGGGUGUGGAGGAUAUGCAGUGGGUAUUGGCAUCAGCCACUCCCUAUUUGAUGGGCAGGCAACAUUUGAUUUUCUAAAUGCAUGGGCUUCUACAAUAGCUGGGAGAGCAGGUGGAAGUGUACAGCUGAUUACACCAGUACAUGAGAGAGGUAGGCUGUUAGUUGGUAAUAGUCAAACCCAGCCUAGGGAUCGUCAGUUGACCAGGGUAGUGGCUUUUGACCACAUUUACCAGCUGAUAGAACAGGCAGCUUCAACACCGUCUGUAGAUCCUGAUAGGAUGAUCGGAGGGUGCAACUUCUCUGAGCUGGGGCCCACAAGCCAGGAGGACUGUGUUCUCAAGACCUUCUCCGUGAGCAGUGCAAUGAUAGAGUGCUUGAAAAGGAGGGUCGGUUGUGGCCGGCAUAUCGGUGCAUGCUCCUCGUUUGAGGUGGUAGCGGCUCACCUUUGGAAGGCAAGGACCAAGGCUUUAGGAUUGAGGAACGAGAGGAAGGUAUGCUUGCAAUUCACUGUCGACACAAGGAACAAGAUGUCACCACCAUUGCCUAGAAGUUUCAGUGGAAAUGCAUACGUGUUGGUGUCCACAGCUAGCACCGCAGCUGAACUCGAUGAAGAGAGCAUUGAAGCGACAAUUGGGAAGAUAAAGCAAGCCAAAGGAGUAGUAACUGAUGACUAUGUGAGAGCGUAUAUUGAUGCGCUAGAGGCACCCCAGAGAGCUCUCCCUCCUAUAAGAGAGCUGACAAUCGUCUCGGAUUGGACUCGGACACCGUUCCAUACGGUGGAUUUCGGCCAUGGAAGUGCAGCUUAUGCAUCUCCAUUAGGCUCUCCAAUCCCACAGGUUGCAUAUUUCAUGCAGAGCCCAAAUGAGGCAGGAGCCAUUGAUGUGAGGAUUGGGCUGCACCCACAAUACGUGCAUGCUUUUUAUCACUACUUCCUUACCAUGUCGUAGUAGUCUGCUUUGGUGUAGGAUUCAAGAUUAACCUUGUUAUUAACUAUGUUAUAUUGACAGAGAAGGCCUGGUGGUACGUGUGCCAAUAUAGCAUGCGUGUGCAAGAUCUUGGCUAUUUAUUAGGAGGGAUUACUGAAAAUCAGGUUCAGCUACAUGGGUCGGACAAAAAUGGUUGUGUAGGAACGAAUGAAUGACAGGUCAUGUUCGGUGCAUACGAUGUGGUCUGCUUGAUAUGUGGACCAGAUUAAUUUUUAGGCAAGGGAACGAUGAUGAUAGGUUCGACUGAGGAAUGGAGUAGAUCUCACACAUGUGUCCUG